AUGGGAUCCGACUGCCAUCACCUCCAGGUCUUUACAGACGUCCCAGCAGAACUCCUUCACCUACUCGAAGCCAGGCUUCUCCGAUCUGUCACUCUCCUCCGCCUCCUGCAGUUCACCACCUUCGCCACAGGUAAGACAGUCUCUGCGCGAAUCAUUAUCGCAUCGGAUAUGCCCCUUCAAGAACGACAUGGCAAUACGCCAAACAGCAGCAUGAUUCGGCACUUCACAGCCGCUUAUUUAGACCCCUCUCUCGGCCUCGAGACCAACAUGUGGCUCUACUCGACCUUUGAGGACUCUCACGAGGAAAUACCGGCAUCUCCCGCUCCGUCUCCCGACGAAGACGCCCUCAGCCGGCAGCAGAUCAAAGCCGUUCUCAAUGAGGCCAGAUACCAGGGGAGGAUCUAUCCUAUCCAACCCCUCGCGCAUCCGGACCACAUCUUUAUCGGCUCGCUCAAUAACGCUGUGCGCGAUGUGGCCAUCGCUAGCGGUUUGCGCUUCGGUUCCACUCCCAAGUACGAGUAUGAGAAGUUUAUUUUCCGCAUCGAUGAGCUGCCGGCGCCUGCGGACCCUGAACUACAGCUGGCAUGGUCUGGGGGACAGGCAAGGCCUGGGACUGGAGUUGCUGCUGACCCUGCCAAGCCUGUUUAUCAAGCUGGAGGACGGGACGCCUGUCGCUUAGGCCUUCUUGGCGUUCACUGCGAGGAGCCCUUCCGCCGUAGAGGCCUUGCCAAGACUGUAAGCGCGCAGCUCCUCCGCACUAAGACGAGUUCAUUCGGCAGCGACAACUUCGCCGCGGCAGAUGUGGCGCCGGAUAACACAAGCAGCCAGGAAAUGUGUAAGAGUCUGAAUGGCAGCGUGCACUGGGUAGGGUCAUGGGCUCUUUUAGAUAUUACAGAGGCAGCUCCUAUUGAAUAA